CCUCGGCAUAUUUGUGUUCUUCUUAGUGCCGUGUUAUAUUUCUGUUAGAAGUUGUAAGUCAUUUAAUAUUCAAAUUCUUCAGAUGAUCGGUUUUAAUCUAUAGAGUGGUUGACAUACGGUAUUUUUCCCCUUGAUUCAAGUACGAUUGCAGAAAAAUGUCUUCAAACGUAGAGGAAAUGCGGUUAGGUAAUGAAAAGAUGAAAAAAAUACGACAGGAAGUGGUCAUAUCGGGCAUUUCUGGAAAAUUUCCUGAAUCUGACAACAUGGAGGAAUUGAAGGAGAAUCUUUUAAACAAUGUCGAUAUGGUGACAACUGCUGAUGGUAGAUGGCCUAAAGGAAUUUAUGGCACCCCUGAAAGGCUUGGAAAAAUCAAGGAUUUGUCAAAAUUCGAUUCAAAUUACUUUAGCGUGCACGCAAAACAAGCUCAAGUACUAGAUCCACAGAUACGAUUAAUGCUGGAGUUGACGUACGAAGCGAUGGUAGACGCAGGCGUCAACCCUGAGGAUUUGAGAGGGACGAACACCGGAGUUUACAUUGGCGCUUCAUAUUCAGAAAGUGGAGAAAUAUUUAUGGGGUCUGGAGUGGGCCUAACUGGCUAUGAAUUGACCGGUUCUUCAAAGGCAAUGUUUGCCAAUAGAAUAUCGUACUCGUUUGAUCUGAAAGGGCCUAGUUUAAUCAUCGACACAGCUUGCUCGAGUUCAAUGUUGGCUUUUCAUAUGGCAGCCAAUGCUAUAAGAAAUGGUGAAAUCGACGCUGCCAUCGUGGGUGGGGCUCAUAUAUGUUUAAAACCCGUCACCUCAUAUCAGUUUCUCAUAUUAAACAUGCUAAGCCCCGAUGGAGCGUGCAAAGUUUUUGAUAAAGACGCAAAUGGCUAUGUCAGAUGUGAAACCGUAUCUGUACUCUUGCUCCAGAAAUCACAAGAUGCAAAACGGAUCUACUCUUAUGUCGUUCACACAGGCAUCAACUGUGAUGGAAACAAAAAAGAAGGCAUUACUUAUCCCAGUGGUAAAUGCCAGAAAAAUCUGAUGAAAAGAGUAUUCGAUGAAGUCGAUCUAAAUCCCAAUAUGGUCUCUUACAUAGAAGCACACGGCACUGGAACAAAAGUCGGGGACCCUGAAGAGGUUGCCGGUAUAGCAGAGAUUUUCUGCAAAGACAGAAAGAAUCCUCUUCUAGUCGGUUCGGUCAAAUCGAACAUGGGCCAUGCCGAACCGGCUUCGGGAGUCUGCGCCCUUGCGAAAGUCAUCAUAGCGAUGGAAACUGGAAUUUUACCAGCAAAUUUACAUUUCAAAGAGCCAAAUCCAGACUUACCAGCACUGAUUGACGGGAGAAUAAAAGUUGUUAAUAAGAAUACAAAGUGGAAUGGUGGAUACGUCGCUAUGAAUUCUUUUGGUUUCGGCGGCUCGAACGCACAUAUCAUUUUAAAGAGCAAUCCUAAACAAAAGAAGGCCGAUUUAAAAAAUCACCGGCUCGUACCGGUUUGUUAUUCUGGGCGUAACGAAGAAGCCAUCAAAAGCUUUUUUCAAUAUCUGAACAAAUUACCAAGAGAUGAUGGGUUUAUAUCAUUAAUACAUAACAUCCACAAGAGGCACAUACCUGGGCAUAAUUUUCGUGGUUAUACUAUACUCGGUGCGAAUGAAAAAAUUCAGGAAAUCUCAGAAGAAUCUGGAAGGAGGGAAAUAUGGUAUAUGUUCACCGGUAUGGGCUGCCAGUGGCCAGGAAUGGGAAAAGCGUUUAUGUGCCUGAAACCAUUCUCUGAUGCGAUACACAUUUGUGCUGCAGCUCUUAGCACUGUCGGUGUAGAUUUGUUAGAUCUAAUUAUGAAUGCGAAUGAAACAACUUUUGACAAACUUAUUCAUUCCUUCGUUUGCAUAACUUCAAUACAGAUUGGGCUUGUUGAUGUUUUGACGGCACUGGGAAUUAAGCCGGAUAUGAUCAUCGGUCACUCGGCCGGAGAGCUGUCUUGUGGAUACGCCGAUGGUUGUAUGACACGUGAGCAAGCAGUACUUUCAGCUUACUGGAGAGGCAAGAGCACCUUGGAAACUAAGCUAUCACCCGGUCUCAUGGCUGCUAUCGGUCUUCCCUGGAAAGAAGCAAAACGCAGAUGUCCGCCUUCUGUCUAUCCAGCCUGUCACAACGGUGAAAACUCCGUCACCAUUUCCGGCGGUAAAUGUGAAGUCGAGGAAUUCCUUGAAGAGCUUAAAAAGGAGAACAUAUUCACAAAAAAAGUUGCAAGUUCUGACAUAGCUUUUCACUCCUGCUAUAUAUCUGAUGUAGCACCGAAACUUUUGAAAAAAUUACAAACCGUGAUUCCAACUCCAAAAGCAAGAAGCACAAAAUGGCUAAGCUCUUCUGUUCCGGAAUCCGAAUGGGAAUCUGAGAUAGCAUCAACCGCAUCACCCAGUUAUUAUGUGAACAAUCUUCUUUCACCUGUGCUCUUCCAUGAUGUCGCUUUAAAAAUCCCCGAUGGAGCUUUAGUCAUCGAAAUAGGCCCGCAUUCAAUUUUUCAAUCUAUAUUGAAAAAAACCACACCGAAGAACUGCUUGAACAUCGGCCUCACCAAGAAAUUAGUACCCGAUGAAUUGGCUCAUUUCAUGGCCAAUGUUGGAAAACUGUUCAUCGCCGGACAUAACCCAGAUUUGAGCGUUUUUCACGGCCCUGCCGACUUCCCUGUUCCUGCUGGAACGCCGAUGAUAUCACCUCGUGUCGUAUGGGACCAUUCAGCAACAUGGAAAGUCGCUAACUUCCGGAUAUUGACGGGUUUGAACUCGAUGGAAUUCAGGGCUGAAAUAGAUAUGUCUUAUGAAACCAAUGCUUACAUCAAAGGUCAUACUAUUGAUGGAAGGGUUUUAUUCCCUGCGGCGGGCUAUCUUUGUUUAGCAUGGAAAGCAUAUGUAUGGUUUUUAUACAGAAAGGAUGAAAAUUUGCCUGUGUCAAUAGAAAAUGUCAGUUUUCUCAGAGCUACAGUCAUGCCAAAUGAUGGUGCAGUGACCUUUUGCAUUGGUAUUAAUACCGUAACUGGAAACUUUGAAAUAACCGAAGGCAACGCUCUGGUGGUAACCGGACAAAUUUCAAUCCUUGAAAAUUUAAAUGAUACAGUCGGCCCAAUUACAAAAAAACAAACGUCAGAGUUCAAGGAAUUAGAAAAAGAGGAGAUUUACAGAAAUCUUCAUCUCAGAGGUUAUAACUAUGACGGUCUGUUCAGGGGAAUAAAGUCGUGUGAAAUUUUAGGUGAUAACGGUCUUUUGGAGUGGAAAAAUAAUUGGGUAACAUUCAUAGACACAAUGCUCCAGUUUAUGAUUAUCGGAGUCAACUCAAGGCAACUCUGCCUGCCUACAAAGAUUUUGAAAAUUACAAUCGAUCCAAAAAAACAUUUAGAACUCCUGAAUGGUUUAGAAGAAAUUCCGAUCCAAAGGAUGAAAUCUACCGGCAUUAUUAGAUCUGGAGGAGUUGAAAUUAGAGGUAUGAAGGCAAGCCGAAUGUCAAAGAAAAUAGUUACACAAGCAGCCAAACUAGAACAGUAUUGCUUUAUGCCUUAUAACCCCGACAAGGAAGUACCUUGGCAAGAGGCGUUAACAGUUUUGGUACAUUUGGUGCUGGAAAAUUCAAGAAACAGGAUGAAAAUCGCUGAGUUUCAUCAGGACGUAGAAAACGUUUUUGCGCCGGAUGUCUUAAAAAUCAUUGAAUCUGAACCUCUGGCGCAUGCAGAAAUUUUGGUCCACUCAGAUAUUUUAACUGUCCACCGAGAAUCAUUGGAACCUUUAAACAUAAAAAGUUACAAUUUAGAGAAUAAUCUCGAUUUGGUCAUUACCUCCGACUUAACUGAAAAUGUUAAAGCUGCUGUCAAUGCCAUACGCACAAAUGGAUUCAUUCUCACCUAUAGAGGUGAAAACAAAGAUGAUUUUAAUGAUUACUCUCUUGAAAAGAUCUCAAGAAUAAAUACUGAAAAAGGAACGAUGGCAUUAUUUAGAAAAGUGGAAAAUUGGAAUAUGCCAAUUUGCCUAGAAGUUAAGUCUAAUUUUGAUUGGAUUGAUAAUUUGAAAGAAGCUUUGAAAACCAGCGUGGACACUGGUAAAAAAUACCUUCUUGUGGCUAAAGAAUCAGUCUCGGGUUUAGUUGGAAUGUUUAACUGUCUUCGACAAGAGCCUGGUGGAGAAAAUUUUAGGUGUUUGUUUCUUAACGACGAUGUGGAUUUAGAUCAUUGCAAGGAACAGCUCAAGAAAGACAUGCUUAUGAAUAUAUACAAGGAUGGAAAAUGGGGAAGCAUGAGACAUUUAUUGGUGAACAGAUUGAACGAUACAGUAGAUAUGACUCAUGCUUACAUAUCUACACUUGUACGCGGGGAUCUUUCCAGUUUACGAUGGAUUACAAGUCCUUUGUAUAACUAUAGACAAGGCUUGGAUUUAUGCACUGUUUACUAUUCGCCCCUAAAUUUCAAGGAUGUGAUGAUAGCCACUGGAAAGCUGGUCAUCAAUGAAGAAUUCUCUCCCAAAAGUUUCGAAAAGGAUUGGCACCUUGGUAUAGAAUUUGCCGGUAUUGACUCAAAUGGCCAAAGAAUAAUGAGUUCGACAAUACAUCCGGGAUUGGCGACGCAUGUUGAAUAUAUUAAAGAGCUGGCCUGGUUAAUACCAGCAAAAUGGAGUCUGAAAGAAGCAGCAACGAUACCCACGGUUUAUACGACGGUGUACUAUUCGUUAUUUUUAAGAGGAAAUCUGAAGCGCAAUGAGAGCAUUUUGAUCCAUGCCGGAUCAGGAGGGGUGGGACAGGCGGCUAUCAGAGUCGCUUUCAGCAUGGACUGUGAGGUUUUCACGACAGUCAGUUCAAAAGAAAAGAAAGAAUUCCUUUUGAAGACUUUCCCAAAAUUGAAAGAGGCCAACAUUGGAAACUCGCGUGACACAAGUUUUGAACAGUUAGUCAUGGCGAGGACAGAAGGGAGAGGAGUUGACCUCGUCCUAAAUUCUUUAGCAGGCGAAUUGCUUCAUGCGUCAAUAAGAUGUCUAGCAAAUUACGGAAGGUUUUUGGAAAUUGGAAAAUUUGACAGUAUUAAAGACACAAAAAUUGGCACGGCUUGUCUUUUGAAAAGUGUUUCUUUCUGUGGAAUACAUAUAGAUGACUUAAUGGUCGAUAAGAGUCAGGUUCCGAUAUUAAAGAAACUCCACGAUAUGGUCCAGGAAGGAAUCGAUGCGGGCGUAGUGCAGCCAUUGCCGUAUACCACGUUCCACCAUUCACAAGUGGAACAAGCGUUCAGAUUCUUAGCGACUGGAAAGCACAUUGGAAAAGUCAUUUUGGAAAUUAAAAACGGAGAAGAGUCUGAGAACAAUUCGACCUUGGGCGUUGUACCGGCAAUACCAAAAACUUACAUGAAUCCGAAGAAGUCUUAUGUCGUGCUAGGAGGCCUGGGAGGCUUCGGUCUUGAGCUCACCAACUGGUUAUUGUCAAGAGGGGCUAAAAACAUCCUUCUCGGAUCGCGUAGAGGAGUCAAAACAGGCUAUCAACAGAUGUGUCUGCAAAGAUGGAAAGAAUUAGGUUUCAAUGUUGCCGUUUCAACUCAGGAUACAACAAAUUUGUCAGGGGCAGAAAAGCUUUUAGAAGAAGCAAAUAAAAUGGCACCUGUUGGAGGGAUUUUCAACCUUGCUGUCGUUUUGCAAGAUGCACUGUUUGAAAAUCAAUCAAAAGAAAGUUUCCAGGAAGUUUGCAGAUCGAAAGUCAAUACCACGAAAAAUUUGGACGUCGCUUCUAGAAAAUUAUGCCCCGAUCUCCAACUUUUUGUCGUGUUUUCAUCAGUAUCAUGUGGACGUGGAAAUCCUGGUCAGACAAAUUACGGCUACGCUAAUUCUGUCAUGGAACGGUUAUGCGAAGCGCGUCAUGCAGCAGGAUUACCAGGGCUUGCAAUACAAUGGGGAGCGGUUGGCGACGUGGGUCUCGUAAUCGAAAGUCUGAAAGGCAGCAAUGAAACUGUAAUCGGAGGUACUGUUCCGCAGAGAAUCACCUCUUGCCUCGAUACGCUGGACACAUUCUUGCAGAUGAACCAUCCAGUUUUGUCAUCUUUAGUUCUCGCGGACCGAAUACAAAAGUCAAAAGAUAAAGAUUCAAAAAUAGAAGACAUAAUUGCAAAUAUUUUAGGCAUUAGGUCGGCAAAGAACGUACCAGGUUCUUUAACUCUAGGUGAUCUCGGGAUGGACUCGUUAAUGGGAGCGGAAAUCAAACAAGUUUUGGAAUUCAACUACGACUGCUUUCUCAACGCUUCACAGAUCAGAAACUUAACAUUCGACCAACUCAGACUUUUAAACAGUUCAAACGCAAAUGAGAAAGCUGAAAAUGCUUUAAACACCGAUGACGAAAAUUACGAUUCGGAAGGUUUGAUUCCAAAGAAGAAAGUGGUAAAAAUGAAAUCAGGAACUUCUUCAAAUAAAACCCCUUGGUUUUUUAUCCACCCUAUUGAAGGAAAAGUGGAACCAUUGAAGUUCAUAGCAGAUUCAAUGGAUACAGAUGAAGAUAUCUGGGGGUUGCAGUGUACCGAAGACGUACCUUUGAACUCUGUAGAAGAGUUGGCAGAAUUAUAUAUUAAGGAAAUUCAAAAGGUACAAAAAAAAGGCCCUUACAAGAUAUUAGGCUAUUCCUUCGGAUGUAUAAUAGCGUACGAAAUGGCGUCCCAACUUGAGAAAACCGGCGAUUAUAGUCUUUUAGUGUUCCUAGACGGUGGGCCGUAUAUGGUUUCGACCGCUACCGAAAUUUACAGGCAGUCCAGAAAAACGGAAAAAUCAGAUGAGGUGGACGCUUUUGCAUACUUCGUGUCUCAAUACAAUCCGAGCGUGGAUUUCGCCAAAGCCUUAACCACGAUGAGGUCUCUCCCUGAUCUUGAAGCAAAAUUAAGCUAUACGACUUCACUCUUGAAAAAUUUAACAUACAGCGAAAAAGAAAUAUCAGAUGCAGCGUAUGCAUUUUUCAAAAAGCUUGCCCUAGCCGAAGCGUACAAACCUACUGGAGUGAUUAAUAGUAAAGUCAUUUUAAUAAAUUCGACGGACAAUUUUAUAACUCUCGACCUCGAAACCAAGCUCUCAAAACUUUGUAGGCAGACCAUUAGUUAUCAUACCAUCGAAGGAGAUCAUAGAGCAAUAGUUCAAGGGGAAAAUGGCAAAAAAGUUGCCAGGCUUGUCUCUAAUUUAUAAUAUUCAAAGGAAACCCUAAAACUUUAUAAGACUAACAUAAAUAAACUGUUGUAUUAUAAUAA